GAUACAUAUAGUCACUGCGAUGUCGCCAGAUACUAUCUGAUUUGAUCACACAACGAACGCAGGAGACUACAUACACAACCGCCGCCAAGAUGACGACCAUGCAAAAGGUCUUCGCCGGCUACGAGUCGCGCAAAAAGGUCUUGGAAGCCAGCGGGAACCCGUUGGCAGAGGGCGUGGCAUGGAUCGGAGGCAAACUCGUCCCUGUCAACGAGGCCCAGAUUCCAAUGAUGGACCAAGGUUUCCUACACAGCGACUUGACGUACGAUGUCCCGUCGGUGUGGGAUGGACGCUUUUUCCGGCUCGAUGACCACCUUGACCGACUGACACUCAGCUGCGAGAAGAUGCGCCUGAAGUUGCCCCUGCCGAGGGAAGAAAUCAAACAAGCCUUAUGCGAUAUGCUCGCUAAGAGCGGCAUCAAGGACGCCUUUGUCGAGCUGAUCGUCACCCGAGGCAUGAAGGGUGUGCGCGGCUCGAAAGGCCAGUCCAUGCAGAACACACUGUACAUGUGGAUCCAGCCGUACAUCUGGGUCAUGGAGCCCGAGAUGCAACUUACAGGAGGAAGCGCCAUCAUCGCGCGUACCGUCAAGCGCACUAGCCCAGGCUCAAUGGACCCCACAGUCAAGAAUUUGCAGUGGGGAGAUUUGACGCGAGCCAUGUUCGAGGCCGACGACCGCAACGCCGAUUACCCCUUCCUGACUGACGGCGACGGGAACCUCACUGAGGGAUCGGGGUUCAAUGUCGUCUUGAUCAAGGAUGGCGUCUUGUAUACCCCGGACCGCGGCGUGCUCAAGGGCGUCACGCGUAAGAGUGUGGCCGACGCCGCGAAGGCGAAUGGGUUUGAGGUGCGCAUCGAGUUUGUGCCCGUCGAACUCGCGUACCACUGCGACGAAAUGUUCAUGUGCACUACUGCUGGCGGUGUCAUGCCCAUCACAUCUAUUGAUGGUCAACCGGUCAACGACGGCAAGGUCGGGCCUGUUACCACCAAGAUCUGGGACUACUACUGGGCCAUGCAUUACGACGACAAGUACAGUUUUAAGGUCGACUACGAAGGUUCUCAUGUCAACGGCACCAACGGCACCAACGGCACCAACGGCGUGAAUGGCCACUAAGCUCUGCGAAGUGAUGUGCGAAAAGUAGCACGCCGUUCAGGGAUGUUCACGACCGCCUCACUAUGGCACCUCAUACAUUUUGUC